AUGAUCAUCUACCGGGACAUCAUCAGCCAUGACGAGCUGUUCUCCGACAUCUACAAGAUCCGGGAGAUCGCGGACGGGCUAUGCCUGGAGGUGGAGGGCAAGAUGGUCAGUAGAACAGAGGGUAACAUCGAUGACUCGCUCAUUGGUGGGAAUGCUUCCGACGAAGGCCCAGAGGGCGAAGGUACCGAAAGCACAGUAGUCACUGGUGUUGACAUUGUCAUGAACCACCACUUACAAGAAACCAGCUUCACAAAAGAGGCAUACAAAAAGUACAUCAAAGAUUAUAUGAAAUCACUCAAAGGCAAACUUGAAGAACAGAAACCAGAAAGAGUAAAGCCUUUUAUGACUGGGGCUGCAGAGCAAAUUAAGCACAUCCUUGCUAAUUUCAAUAACUACCAGUUUUUUAUUGGUGAGAACAUGAAUCCAGAUGGCAUGGUUGCUCUCCUGGACUACCGUGAAGAUGGCGUGACUCCAUACAUGAUUUUCUUCAAGGAUGGCUUAGAGAUGGAGAAAUGUUAACAAAUUGGAUCUAUCACCUGUCACCAUAACCGUCUGCUGCUUCCCAUCCAUACAACACCAGGACUUAGGACAAAUGGGACUAAUGUCACCUUGAGCUCUUA